UUUUUUAGGUUAGCAAUGCCUAAAACAUGAUUGAAGAUGUUAUCAUCAUUGAUCAGAAAUUGUUAUAAACAGCGUUCAGCUGUGAUCGGAAAUGCAGCCCAGUCAACGAAAAGUUCGCCAUCUAUUUUUGGUCUGUCAGGUUUGAUUUCGAGUCAGUUCUUCCGUCGUCCUAAUCUAACUCAGAUCUGCUCCAAGGCUACUCUGAACACAGUGAGCAAGAAGCCACUACUUCCGCCGGUAUACAGGCGACACAAGAAGUUCGAUGCUAUGAAGGGAAAUCCACAGAGGAAAGGAAUCAUAGUCAAAUUGCUGAUCAAGAAACCAAAGAAACCCAAUUCGGCCAAUCGAAAGUGUGCAUACGUGAGACUCGCAGAUGGAAGCCACGUUUAUGCUUACAUACCAGGAAUCGGUCACAGUCUUCAAGAGCACAACGUGGUUCUUAUCCAGGGAGGAGGGCCUCAGGAUGUUCCCUACGUGUACUGUUCAGUCAUCAGAGGGAAGCUGGAUUGUCCUUUGCCGGCACACAAAAUCAAGAAGAAGAAAAAAUAACUGUUAUACUUAAAGGUCUGGCCGUGUAAUUAGAGACAGUGAAGUUAAGAUUGAGAUGUAUUUUUGUUUUAUUUGAUCCCCCAGUGGUGUUUUUAUUUACGAAAUUGAAAAUCA